ACGGCGACCACGGUGAUGACUCCCUCGACGUGACCCCGCAGCUCGACCGCGUCCGGCAGGCACCAUGCCUCGUACCAAGGGGCCGUUACGGCCGGGGACGUCCGCCCUCAAGCCGGCCAAAGCCAGCGCGCUCAAGUUGCACGGGACGCAGGGCGCCGGCGAGGGGUCGCGCCUCGAGCUCGGCGAAGAUAUGGAGACCUGGGGGCGCGCCAGGGCGCUAGUCAAACCAGACGACCAGGUCGACCUCAACGAGAAUGAGCUGAAGGAGGAGAUCGCGCGCGUGCUGACGGUGCGCACGCCGCAGCAGUCCGAGGGGCUGGUCAUCUGGUCCCACAAGGAUGCCGCCUUCGUGCAGCGCGCCGUGCCCGCGUCCGGGGCCCUGCUCCUCGACAUGCCGUCCACGUGCCUGCACAUCGACAGCCCGGAGGCGCGCGAGCAGGCCGCCUACCUGGGCGCUGCCGGCCGCAUCACCCUGGCCGAGACCCUCACCAUGGCCGCCAAGGCCGCCCCCAAGACCUUCAAGAAGGAGAGCCGGCGCAGCGGCGGCGGUGAGGAUGACGAGGAGGAGGAAGAGGCCGACGGCGAGGGGGACGCCGACGGCGAAGGGGAGGCCGACGGCGAGGGGGGCGAGGGCAAGGAACGCGGCAGUGUCAGCGAGGGUGCCGGGGACGCACCAGCCGCGGGGGCUGACACCAGUUCAGAGAAGCCGGAGGAAGACGCAAGCGAGGGGGGGUCCAAAAAGGACGCCGAGGGCGGUGCCGAGAGCGGCGAGGGCGCGGGGGAGGCGGCCGAGGAGGGCGACGAGGGCGCGUCCGCGGCGGACGCGGAGGGUGAGGACGGCGUCGCUGCGGAUGCUGCUACAGAGGUCUUCCCCAGUAGGCCCGUGAAAAAAGUGGCCAACCAGUUCAACUUUUGCGACCGGGCGGCGCUGACCUACAACAACCCCUACCGUACGCUCAGCACGCAGACCGAACCUCCGCCGAGGGACACGUUCUCCGACCAGGUGAUGCAGUACAUCAUAUACGACGCUUACCAGAAGGACUGGGAGGAGAAGCAGGCCGGAAAGGAGAAGGAAGUCAAGCAGGUGCCGAAGCAGUUCGGACGGCAGGCGGAGCGCAAGCUGGACGAGCGCACCAACCCCGACUCUUCGCUCAACCGUUCCAUCCGCGCGGCCAAGACGAUCGAGCGCAUGCUGAACCAGAACACGUCGGACGACAUCGCCAAGGACUGCCGCUACUACGAAGACGGUUCGGAUGAGUUCCGCGAGGGUGCGGGCACGCUGCUGCCCCUGUGGAAGUUCUACUACGAGCCGACCAAAAAGUUCCACGUGACCAACAUUUGCUGGAACCCCCGCUACCACGACAUGUUCGCCGUCACCAUGGGCUACCUGGAGUUCAUGAAGCAGGCGGCGUCGGGGGCCGUGUGCGUCUUCACCAUGAAGAACCCGUCGUACCCGGAGUACGUGCUGCACACGGCGUCCUCCGUGAUGGCGGCCGAGUUCCACCACGAGCAGGUGAACCUGCUGGCCGUGGGGCUGUACGACGGCAGCGUGGCCGUGUACGACCUGCAGCUGUCGCAGCAGGACCCCGUCUUCCGCUCCGACUCGGUGCACAACAAGCACUGCGACAUGGUGUGGCAGGUGACCUGGGGCCAGGACACUCCGGACGGCGAGCUCAACCUGUACUCCGUGUCCAACGACGGCAACGUGUUUAACUGGGUGCUGACGUCGAGCACGCUGCACCAGACGACCGUCAUCUCCCUCGUGCUGGACAGGGCCACGCCGGUGGCCGGGCCCGACGGCACCACGCUCACCAUCACCGGCUGUGGCACCGCCAUCGCGUUCCACCCCACCAACCCCAAGGUGUUCCUGGUGGGCACGGAGGAGGGGCAGGUGUUCAAGUGCAGCACGGAGUACACGUCCAUGUACCUGCUGUCGUACAGCGCGCACCACAUGCCCGUGCACCGCAUCCACUUCAACUACUUUCUGCCCGACAUCUUCAUCACCUGCUCCUCGGAUUGGCGAAUCAAGAUCUGGGAGGAUGGGCGAACGGAGCCGCUGUUCGUGUUCGACCUCCACUGCUCCGUGGGCGACGUGCAGUGGGCGCCGUACUCGUCGACGGUGUUCGCGGCCGUGACGCUGGACGGCAAGGCGCACGUCUACGACCUGAACGUGAGCCGCUACCAGCCCAUCUGCGUGCAGAACAUCGUGUCGCGCAAGAAGAACCGCCUGACGCGCCUCGCCUUCAACAAGAAGCACCCGCUGAUCGUGGUGGGCGACGAGCGGGGCACGGUGACCUCGCUCAAGCUGUCGCCCAACCUGCGCGUCAAGCCCAAGGCCACCAAGAAGCAGGCGCACCUCACGCCCCACGACCUCGAGGUCCUCAAGAUGGACAAGCUGCUGGCGCUGGUGCGCGAGCCCUUCAUCCUGCAGCGGCCGCCGGACACGGAGCAGGCCGUCGAGUGAGCGCGCGCGAGGUGAGGGGUCGCGCAGCGGGAGCGGGGCUGCGGCGGUGAGCGUUGCGCCGUACGGCACUAACGGUAACGACGCGCUGCCAGCAGGAGCCGAGUGUAGCGACUUUGUGGCCACGUGCCGACGGCGGGGGCCCGGGGGCCUCCAGGGCCGGGGCAGCGCCGGGGCAGCGGGUCAGGCAGAGAAGAGCCACUAACGACCCCCCGCGGGGCCCACGGGGCCUACGCUGGACCACCGCGGCGAGCCGCCCCUCCCCUCCCCGCCCCCAACGACCCCAGCCACCCAUCGCGUAUCGUCAUCUCAUAAGCAAGCUCGCGUAUAUGUCGGGUCAUAAGGCCCGCCCCCGCCGCCCCCGCUUCCCCACGGGGGCCGCUCGAUGAGGCGGGGGAAAAGCGCCGCCUGGGCUGUGGCCGGGCCGCUUCUCGGUAUUUUGAACGCCCUGCGCCACCUGACACGGCCGCCCCCGAGCCCCCCGGCGGCGGGCGGGGGAGUCUGCCGGGGACGGGGAGGGGGGAAGGGUAUGUCCCGUUGUGUUUCGUGACGAAAUAUAUAAUAAUGAAUGAACGAACGAUGCGGCUCAAAGAGAUCGGAGGGAGGGAGAUUCGUGGAUUCCUUUUUCUCCGCGCGCCCGCAAUUAAUUAGGGAAGUCAAAAGUCCCGUCCGAGAUUAUUGUUUUUGGUGGAGCCGCCGCCGGCUUUACAGUUUUGGGCAUAUAGCUUUAUAGCUGAGGCAAAACAGAGAAAGAGAGCGAGAGAGCCCGCGGGGACCACCAAGACGCGCCCAUCUCGAUGAUGCCGUAUCAGAUUCUCGCGAGCGCGCCGAGAAUCGAUCUUCAGUUAGGAGGAGUUGUCGUCGCGCGACGCACA